UAUCUCGAGAUUGAUUACAAUGUCGAAUGAUAUAAGCCCAGACGUGUCGCAGGGCAAGCGGCAAAUUCGCGCAUCUGUCCUGCAUGGCGCGAAAGACUUGAGAAUCGAGAAUCGCUCAAUUUCCCCACCAGCACCGACGGAACUUCAAAUCAGUGUUCGAAGCACAGGCCUCUGCGGCUCAGACUUACACUACUAUCGACAUUACCGCAAUGGCGAUAUCAUCGUACAAGAGCCCAUGUCUCUCGGACACGAGUCCGCAGGUGUCGUAGUCGGCGUUGGAUCAGAUGUUGAGAAUUUCCAAGUUGGAGACAAGGUCGCAUUGGAAGUCGGACUGCCUUGUGAUACAUGCGACAGAUGUAAAGAGGGGCGAUACAACAUCUGUAAGGGGAUGCGGUUUAGGAGUAGUGCAAAGGCAUUUCCGCAUGCGCAAGGAACGCUGCAAGACAGAAUAAACCAUCCUGCUGCUUGGUGUCAUAAGUAA